UCCUAUCUCGCGCCUUUGCCUCGGAAUAGACCAUCUUGGCUCGCGCAUCGCUGCAGUGAUCCUCUGCCCGCGCACUGUUGUAGUAAAUAAUGGCGGCCUCGGGAGGCGGAUUAUCUUCUCCUUCUACSACCGCGGGCCCGGGUACCUACUGUCUACCGGCCCGGGCUCGCUUCCCAGGCCGUCCGUGCGCGGCUCGCUUCAGGUUUCGGUCGGAGAAACGGACCAGACGCGGAAGGUUGGGCUYGGCCGAACUCGAGCUACCUGCGGAAGGGCCAAGGCCCGUCAACAUCGGCCUUGCGUUAAGCGAAGAUCCGUCCCUGCUGCCCCUGCUCGGGGUGGCGGAGAAGUAUAGUCGCCAGAAGGAUGCGGGGUUCUAUUCCAGCAGCAGUGAUGGGGAGGAAGAUUUUCCUGGAUUUGGAACCUCAAGAGCUUGUUCACAAAAAUCUUCAGCCGCUGUUCCUCAGUCAUCCGUCAGGGAAGCCAAGUCUCCAAAAGCUUCAGAACCGUCACCAGAAGCAAAAGCUCUUAUUGGAAAAAUUAUCCCAAAGAAUCAAAAACAGGCUCUCAUUGGGAAAAUUGUACCAAGGAUUGCAAAGGAAGGAGAUGUGAAAGAGAGCCUCAGCCCAGUUAAAGACAAAGAAAUUCACAACAAGCAGGAGGCUCCCUGUUUGAAAGCCAAACAAGAUAAGCAGACCUCAGAUGGACAACAUAGCAUAGCUGAUAAAACUUACAAAGCAGAAGAAGCAGCAUCUUCAGAAAGUGCAGUGGCCCUGUCCUGUAAAUCUUUUCAUAAACGUCGGAGGAGGAGAAAGGUUCAAGGUGUGGGUGUUUCUCCUGAGGCUGGAGCAGAAGCUGGUGCCCCGAGUGGCGAAGAGCCAGCAGUGACACUCGAGCAAAAAGCUGGAAAGGGUUCGUUAAAGGGGGUGCGGAGAAAACGCAGAGGAAAGUUUUUGUUUGGGUACAGGCGAAAGCCAUCUGCAGUCAUUCCAGAUAAUAACCGCCCCAAAAUCAAAAAGGUCCGUGCUCGGCGGGUUUUUUACGCCUAUGUACCUGAGCCACUACCUGUAGUAAGUAAUGAGCUGCAAGGUCAGAAUGUCACCCAAUCAAAUACAAGGUCCAGUUUGGAGCAAGUAGACCAGAGCUCCAACAAUUCCUUUUCAACGGUAACAAGCGGGCGGUCUUCCCGCACUAUUAAAACUCCAAAGAGAUUCCUGAAUGAAGAAAUUAUCCCCUUUCCAAAGGGCUCUCUGUCGACGUGGCUGAAAAGUCAGCAGAAAGACGAAGGCAAACCACUUCAAGAGUCAGAUUAUGACAGCGUCUCACAGCCAGUGGACAGGGACACCACGCCUGGGCUCGAUGGGUCGUCUGGUGUGUCAAGAAUCUCAUCGAAACCCAGUCCAGGYGCGAGUCACAUAGAGAUCUACAAGAACUUAAAGAAGCUGACCUUAAAGCUAGCAGAGAAAAAGAGAAGCCAGGGUUUUAAUCAAGAGGAUUACACACAUCAGAGCGAUGAUUUGAUACCUCACGUGAGGAAGAGACGGAGACCAAAAAUCAUGAUGGAAGAGCUGGACUCUCCUGGGGUUGUGAGGAAAGUGGCUGUGGUGGUGCAGGCAGAUGUGGAGUCUCCUAAGCAAAUCCCAUCAGAAGAUGUGGGCAACAACAAUGAAACAACAAGCAUAAAAGAGGCAGGAAGUGAGGUGCUGGAAACUGGUGGUCCYAGCCAUCGGAUUGGUCUCAGUGGUGCUAAUAGGAGGAUGCUCCACCUGCUGAAGAAAGCCAAAGUGCAGCUUAUAAAGAUCGAUCAGCAGAAGCAGCUCAAGCUGUCACAGUUGGGCCUAGGAGAAUCACAGGUACCGGUGACUGGAAGGAGGAGGAGGAAGAGGAGAAGGGUUGGGCUGUCUCCCAAAGAAAUUCCUCCACAGGAGCAGCCACUCGGAGGCCCGAGGAUCAAACACGUGUGUCGGGCAGCAGCGGUGGCUUUGGGCCAGCCUCGGGCCAUGGUGCCGGAUGAUAUUCCCAGACUCAGCGCUCUGCCGCUUCACGAGAGGGAGGGCAUCACCUUUUCCCCCGCAGCAGAAGAUGUUGCUGAUGACGACGACGAAGACGACGACAAUGACGAUGGCGACGACGACGACGAUGACGUCUGUGGUCAGGGCGGGGCCCAGUUGGUUGUCCCUCAGAAACGUGUCCAGCGCAGGAGGUGGGGGAGGGGRCGCAAGUUCAAAAGAAGGAAGAUUCUGGGCAGAGGGGUGCGUUCCCGGCGCUGUGGAAUCUGUACAGGCUGCCUGGUAGAAGAAGACUGUGCAGAGUGUAUGAACUGCCUGGAUAAACCCAAAUUCGGAGGCCCCAACACAAAGAAACAGUGCUGCAU